AAGCCCGGGCCCAUAGGCCUCCUCUCCAACCCUCGCAGGCAGGCGGACACGGACGCGCAGGAUCAGACGCAAUUGCUGUUGUCGCCAAGCCAACCGGCCGGAGUCUGUCUGCAAGCAAGGCCUGUGGCCAGCCUCGCCUCCGGCGAGUCCCGUUCGCCGAGCAAGCCGAUGUCGGCCUCGGCCGGUCCCGCCAAGCGGUGCAGUCCCGAGCAGUUGACCGCCCUCCUCGACGGUCUCGAACAGCGCCACGUCCACGCGCCAGGCCCAGCUCCGAGUCCGGAGUGCUCGGAGCCGGCGUCGAAGGCCACGCGCAGGUCGAAGCUGGCACCGGUCGCCAACGUCUACGACGACGCGCAACUCUACGAGGCCGAGCUGGCCGAGGCGGUGCCGAAUAGCGCGCCAUUUUCGCAGACCUGUCCCGGCCAAUCGGCCCUCAGCUACUCCGGUUACCCGGGCCUCGGUCGCCUUAGUUACAUCGCCUCCAUCGACAGCGACACGGACUCGGCGAGUCGGAUUCGAGAACCGAUGCCGCUGGAGACGGUGCAGUCGCGGCCCAAAAGCCGACAGGCCAGUGACUCGUCCUACGAGAACGAGCCCAAACCGACAUGA